CAGAAUCACAUCUCAUCUCUCUUUUGCAUCCCAUCUUUCAUCCCCCCACCACUAGCUUGAACAACCCCUUAUCACUCCCCAUCACCAUGAGACUGACUAUCCGCAAGACCAAAGAGGAAGUAGGGAACUACAUUGCGGAAUACAUUGUCGCCCGCAUCAACUCGUUCACCCCCACCGCCGACCACAAGAACUUUGUCCUCGGCCUUCCCACCGGCUCCUCCCCCUUGCCCGUCUACAAGCGGCUAGUCGAACUUUACAAGGAAGGCAAAGUCAGUUUCAAAGAUGUGAUCACUUGUGAGUAUUUCUCUCACCGGAUGGGGCGUAUGGGGCGGUGUCAGGCAAAACACGCUGCUAACGCACGGCGCGCAGUCAACAUGGACGAAUACGUGGGCAUCCCGAGGGAUCAUCCCGAGUCUUAUCACACGUUCAUGUUUACCAAUUUUUUCUCUCUCGUGGACAUCAACGCCGAAAACGCCCACCUCUUGAACGGCAACGCCGAGGAUCUUUACAAAGAAUGCGAAGAUUACGAAGCCUCCAUCAAGGCUGUCGGCGGGAUCGACCUGUUCCUAGGCGGUAUUGGUGCCGACGGGCACAUUGCUUUCAACGAGCCCGGAUCUUCCCUCACAUCCAGAACCCGAAUCAAGACCCUCGCCUACGAGACCAUCCUCGACAACUGCCGUUUCUUCAACAACGACCUCUCCGCCGUACCCCGCAUGGCCCUCACUGUUGGUGUGCAAACCGUCAUGGACAGUCGGGAGGUUCUGUUGGUGGUCACGGGCCAGCAGAAGAGUUUGGCGUUGAAGGAGAUGAUUGAAGGGAGCGUAAAUCAUAUGGUGACUGCUAGUGCUUUGCAGACGCACCCUUGGGCUUUGGUUGUUUGCGAUGAGGACGCCACCCUCGAACUGAGAGUCAAGACCGUCAAGUACUUUACCAGCCUCGAAUUCGUCCAGAAUGAGGUGGAAGCAAAGUACGGCUCGCUCGCUUCGAAAAAGUUUGGGAUCGGUAGGCCGACUGCUGCAAGGGAGAUCUAGAGCGCUGGUGCUAGCUAUGUACGAAGAUACGAGUGACGAGCUGAAUGGUAGAAAGGACGUGUAGGUCUCAUGUUGUCUGGCAUGAAUAUGUCAUGAACACUUCAGUUUCUUUGUCUGUUGGCCGAUGUGGCGUUUCCUUGGCUUGAGAAACAUCACGAUGUCUUGAAAAUGAUGAGAUGCUACAACCCACGCCCACUGCAUUUGCCCGUUGCCAAUGGGAGAAGGAGAUAGUAGAUAAAAGGAG